AUGGCAUACGGUCACCAAGGUUGUAACUCAUUACUCGGGUCUCGCGCCCUGACUGUCCAGCAGAGGCCGCCCUGGGCCGGGACUCUCGGGACUCGAGCGCCGGGAGAGGAAAGGCCAGGGGUGGCCUUGUCAUCGCCGCGGGGCCCGGGUGGGAGGGGUUUGGCGGCGGCUGUCGCGGCGGCGGAGGCGGCCCCGGGCUCCGGCGGCUGGGAUGGAGCAGAAGCGCGCCGGGCGCCGGAGGACGAGCCGCUGACAGAGCCGCGCGGCGCUCGCCUCGCUUCCCCUGCCGCCGCCCGGGCCGCCCGGCUCCCGCCGCAGCCAGCGGGCCGAGGAGAAGCUGCCCGCGCUCGGGGGCGCUCGGUCAGUUCCGGCAAACUCUCCCGCCGUCCGCGCCGGGCUCGGCACGAGUACCAAGGUACCAUGGUCUGCAAGACCCUCUUCGCUCUCUGCAUCUUCACGGCAGGGCUGAGGCUACAGAGCGUGUCUGCAUCCAUCCCCUCUACUGAUUCUCCUCUGGCAGAGACCUCCCCACCGACAGCCACCUGGACCAGCUCUCCGCAAAGUCCUCCUGCCUCCCCUACCGGUGGCCCACCCAACAGCUCAGUCUUCCUAGAUCCAACACUGGUCCCCACAUCUCCACCCACAAAGAACAUCUCCACAGAGCCCAGAGAAGAGCAGUCCACCAGCUCUGCCUCCAACUGGGAGGGCACAGACCCUUCACCAACAAGUGGUGGGGCCCACUUAACACCCACGCCUGAGGAACACAGCUCAGACACUCCGGAGGCCGGCGUGCCCACUACAGGAUCGCAGCCCCCUGCUGAGUCUCCCACACUCACCUCCCCUCAAGUGCCAGCCUCAUCGCCCUCACCCCCAUCAACCUCACCACCUGAGGUCCCAUCUGCCUCCAUCAGCACCAGCCACAGCUCUGCUGAGACCAGCACCGAACCCACAGGAACCCCAACCACACCGGAGUCCCACACGGGGGAGCACAGCUCUACUCUCACACCCACUUCACAUGCCUCGGCUGAGUCAGUGCCCACGGAGGCCACGCCUCAAGCAACUGUGCCCCCCAAAGUGACCUGUAUACUGAUAGACAUGGAGACCACCACCACCUCCCCUGGGGUGAUUAUGCAAGAGGUGGAGCAUGCGCUAAGUUCAGGCAGCAUCGCCGCCAUCACGGUGACGGUCAUUUCUGUGGUGUUACUGGUGUUUGGAGUUGCCGCGUAUCUGAAGAUCAGGCAUUCCUCCUACGGAAGGCUCUUGGAUGACCACGACUACGGGUCCUGGGGAAACUACAACAACCCUCUGUAUGAUGACUCCUAACAAAAGAACGUGGCCGGGAUGAGGAAUAACUGUCUUUAUUUAUCAGUGCUUAUCCAGUAGAAUUAAUAACACGUACCUG